CAUCCGCUGAUUUUUGGGGUUCUGAGGAGGUCGCUGGCAUGGAUGAAGGUCUGUGCUGCAGUAGCCAGAGCUGUGCUGACAGGUGGCCCUGCCCAGGUGUGCUGGAGGCCCAGGUCUCCAUCACUGUCCCUGACUCCCCUGGCCCUGUUUGGAAACUGUGUGUUGUAACUCAGGGUGGGGAAGGAGAAGUUGCACCACAAUUUACUGUCUGUUCUUGCAGGGUGCAAUGAGAGGAAAGGUGAUUUGCUCCUUAAAUGUGAUUGAGGCAAAUGACUUUCUGCCAGGUGUAACCCAGAGCCUGGAACUGUGGAUUUUGGCAAUGUGGACAAGAGUGAGCUUAGGGCUGGACAGGUGUUUGGUUUGGGGGCUGAGACAUGGGGAGACACGUGUCUGGUGCUAGGAGGAGACAGGAGUGUGCAGGACUUGCAAAGUGAUUCUCUUAUCCCAAACACUUGCUGGUACAGAGCAGGCUUGAUGUUUCUCCACCAAGUCCCAGCAAAGGCUGAAACGCAGAAACCGCCCCUGCUGUGAUUCGAGCUGACAAAUGUGGCCAUUGCCAGCUAAACCAAUAGUUUGUCCUUUAAUGAAGGCUCUGUCAACAGCUUGGCAGUCUCAUUUGCAGUCUUCUGCAUGUACCAAUCUGUCAGAGGCAGGACAGCUCUUUUCCUUCCCUGCAGCCCUCACUCUGCCCUUUGGGAAAUGCCCCUUUGCCAUUUCUGCCUUCUGCCCUCCUGGGCUGGCUGCAUUUGCCAUCAAAACCAGAUUAAGAAAAUCAGAGCUGUCCAACAUCAGACAGUGCUUGUUUAAGCCCUUAAGUAUUUCCUCAGAAGAUGCCCCAGGCCUGGGCCUGUCUCCUUUAUUUUCCUCUCUGGCUCUUGUGGCUGUGCCCUGCAGCCCAGCGUGGGACUGGUCCCCAGGAAUGCCCCAGGCCUGGGAGCCUGGCUGUGUGUGGGGUGUGCUGGGUCACACUGGCCUGUUCACAGCAGGCUGGGCCAUGUAAACACAAAAGAACAAAAGUAGGAGCUCCCUCUCCUCCUGUGGUUUUGGCAGAACAGAAACUGCCGUGGUUCUGGCGCUUCCCAGCUGGGGAUGGCUGCAGGGAGCCUGCUCUGCACUGGGCUGGCUUUGUGUGAGACCCUCCUGCUCUUCCAACACGUCCUGGUCCAUCUGCUGAAUGCUUUAUAGCUUGGGUGACCCUUCUGGGUCCACUGCAGAGCUCCUCAUCAUCAGCCCCAGCAAGCAGCACGUCUCAUUUGAGCACAGAGCUGGGGACUGUGCUCCACAGAAACUCUGGAUGGGUGAGAUGUUUGUCUUGGGUUGGUGUGCCACGCUCUGUGUCUGGGCUCUGCCCUCCCUGGUGAACAUGGGGCUUUCAAACCUUAUCUCUGGCAAGGCUCUAUUUAACCAUCACUGCUCAGAAGAACCCAAACCAAACCCAAAACCAGCCUCUCAAAAAAAAUCCCAACCCCCAAAACCUCAAACACACAGAAAUGGCAAGCACAAGAUGAAGUGGGUUUGAUUGAUGUUGUUUUUGGAGAUGCUGUGGCUGGAGCAGCAGCCCCAUGUUCAGUGCUGUGGUCUCAGCCGUUUCUGUGCUGAAGGAAGCUCUGGGAUCAGCUGUGGCUCUGUGACAUCCCCGUGUCAGUGACACAUCAGGCAGGUCCACACUCCGAGCUCUUCCCUCUGUGGGGGAUUGCAGUGUCCAGCAUUGCUGUUCUGCCUCCUCUCCACAGCAAUUGUUAACAUGUGGGGUUUUGCUGCCUUCGUGUUUCUUCAUUGCAGAGAAAAUGUCCUGGGAUUCUGUGCUUGAGCACCUUGGAAGCAUGAAGGUGAUGUUAGAGACCCACAGGAUUUGUGGGCUCCUGCUUGAGAUCUUCUGAGUUUGGCUCCUGACGAGAGCUGACAGAUGAUGGAAACAUUUCCCUGGCGAUGUCUCUGGGGCGACUCCUCCGUCGAGCCUCUUCGAAAGCGUCCGACCUCCUGACCCUGACUCCCGGCGGCGGCUCCUCCUCCGUGCUCGAUGGGGAGAUCAUCUACUCCAAGAACAAUGUCUGUGUCCACCCCCCUGAGCUGCUGCAGGGCAUCGGGGAGCACCAUCCAGGCUAUUUGUGCUUGUACAUGGAGAAGGACGAGCUCCUGGGGACCACUCUGAUCCUGGCCUGGGUGCCCAACUCGCGCAUCCAGCGGCAGGAUGAGGAAGCCCUGCGCUACAUCACCCCCGAGAGCUCCCCCGUGCGCAAAGCGCCCCGAAAGCGCGGCCGCCACGCCCAGGGCUUCGGCAUCGGCCGGCCCGCGUCCCCCCCGGAGCAGAGAGCGGCGCUGAGCCUCCGGGGGGACGAGAUCCUGACGGUGGCACAGCUGGUGAGGGAUGCAGCCCCCUCCUCGGAAGGGGAGAGGCCGAGCAGCCGCCGGUCCCCGCAGCCCCCCCGCAGCGACUCGGGGACCCUCUCCACCGUCAGCUCCCAGGAGGAGCAGAACAGGUCGGAGGGCACGGAGGAGGGCCUGGACUGCAGGGAGGACGAGGGCUCCUUGGAGCUGUCUGCUGACGAUGUGAGCAGGGACAGCACCUUUGACUCUGAUUCUGAUGCCUUCUCUUCCCCCUUCUGCCUCUCUCCCAUCAGCGAAGCCCUGGGGAAAAGCAGCAGUUCUGUGUUCCUGGACAGUGAAAGCAGGGACACAUGUGACAAUCGCAUGACCUGCUCCACCAGCUCUGCCUCCAGCCUGGACACCAGUGCCCAGUUCCAGGAGAACAAUGGGCAAACGCAGAGCACCAGAUGGGAUGAACAGCAGAAGGUAUUUGCCCUCGAGCAGGUGUGUGGUGUCUUCAGAGUAGACUUGGGACAAAUGAGAUCCCUUCGCCUUUUCUUCAGUGAUGAGGCGUGUACCUGUGGGCAGCUGGUGGUGGCCAGCAGGGAGAGCCAGUACAAGAUCUUCCAUUUCCACCACGGUGGGCUGGAUAAACUGUCCGAGGUGUUUCAGCAAUGGAAGUACUGCACAGAGACCCACCUCAAGGACCAGCAGCUUGCAGAUGAGAAAACCUGCAUGCAGUUCUCCAUCCGCCGCCCCAAGCUGCCCUCCUCGGAAACCCACCCCGAGGAGAACUCGUACCGGCGCCUGGACGUGUCCACCUGGCUGCACCACCUCAACGAGGCCGGCCAGGUGGAGGAGGAGUACAAGCUGAGGAAGGCCAUUUUCUUUGGUGGGAUUGAUAUUUCCAUCCGUGGGGAGGUGUGGCCCUUUCUGCUGCACUACUACAGCUACGAGUCCACCUCUGAAGAGAGGGAGGCACUGAGGCUGCAGAAGAGGAAAGAGUACUUUGAGAUCCAGGAGAAAAGGCUGUCCAUGGCCCCAGAUGAGCAGAAGGAUUUCUGGCGCCAGGUGCAGUUCACGGUGGACAAGGAUGUCGUGAGGACCGACCGCAGCAACCAGUUCUUCCGAGGGGAGGACAACCCAAAUGUGGAGACCAUGAGGAGAAUCUUGCUGAACUAUGCAGUAUUUAACCCAACCAUUGGAUACUCCCAGGGCAUGUCCGACCUGGUUGCCCCACUCCUGGCAGAGGUCCUGGAUGAGUCGGAUACUUUCUGGUGCUUUGUUGGAUUGAUGCAGAACACGAUCUUCAUCAGCUCCCCCCGGGAUGAGGACAUGGAGAAGCAGCUGCUGUACCUGCGCGAGCUGCUGCGGCUGAUGCACCCCCGCUUCCACCAGCACCUGAGUGCCCUGGGAGAGGAUGGGCUGCAGAUGCUCUUCUGCCACCGCUGGAUCCUGCUGUGCUUCAAGAGGGAGUUCCCGGAGGCCGAGGCGCUGCGCAUGUGGGAGGCGUGCUGGGCUCACUACCAGACAGACUAUUUCCACCUCUUCAUCUGCGUGGCCAUCGUGGUGAUUUAUGGGGACGACGUCAUCGAGCAGCAGCUGGCCACUGACCAGAUGCUGCUGCAUUUCGGCAACCUGGCCAUGCACAUGAACGGGGAGCUCGUACUCAGGAAGGCCAGGAGUCUGCUCUAUCAGUUCCACCUGCUGCCCCGCAUCCCCUGCAGCCUGCACGACCUCUGCAAGCUGUGUGGGACAGGCAUGUGGGACAGUGGCUUCAUCCCCGCCGUGGAGUGCUCUGGCCACCACCUGGAGUCCGAGAGCUGCCCGUACGGGGGGCUGGUGGAAGUGUCUUCUCCUAAACCAGGAAGUGAAGGCAAGAAAGGCCUGAAAACACGGGAUGUCUUUGCCUUCCGAAAAUAGCUGAGAGGAACAGGGUGCGACGGCGGAAGGGAAGGGCAGGAAGGAUGUGCAUAGGAAAAACUGCUGAAGAAAAGAAUGGAGGAAUAGCUUGUCAGGACUCCUGAGAAGACUGAAAGGUGUGGAAUGGAAGAGGAGUUAAAUUGCUCUGUAGGGGAAGGUCCAUUGCAUGGGUGAUGGAACCUGAGAGAAAGGCAUCGACCCAGGAACUGUGUUUGGAUUUGAUUUUGUUAGAAACAAGCUUUUCUAGGUUUUAACAAGGACUUUUUAUUCUGCCUCUGGGACUGGACUGGUUAGCAAGCAGAACUUUGUUACUUGCUGGUGAGAAACGAGAGCCCUCGGGGGAGCCAAGGCCACCCCGAGGUGUUGGUGGCAGGUGGCAGCAGCAGAGCCAAGGCCACCGUCCCCUCACCCAGAGCACACCACACGCUCUCUGCUUCAACCAAAACGUGCAGCUUCGUGGCUCCUUUUCAAAGCCAUAAAAGCCAUUUUAAUUAUAAUCUGCCAAAAAUAAAACUGCAGACCGUUGGGAUUGCAGGGAAGGUGUCUGCUUUGUCAGCAAGGAAGGACUGGUGACCUCGAAGUCUCUGGCCUUUUCUGGUUUUAUAGGAUACACUGGCUGGCAUGAUUUUUUCCCAUUUUUACAGAAAAUUGACUGCCCCAGGUCUCAGAGCACUGCUGCUCUGAGUCAGGGUAUUUCACAGACACUGCCUAAAGUUUCCUUCUUCAUGAGAUAUUGGGAAGGAAUUCUUCCCUGGGAGGGUCUGGCACAGGGUGGCCAGAGAAGCUGUGGCUGCCCCUGGAUCUCUGGAAGUGUCCAAGGGUAAGUUGGAUGGGGCUUUGAGCAGCCUGGGACAGGGGAAGGUGUCCCUGCCAUGGCAGGGGGUGGAAUGGGAUGAGCUUUAAGGUCCCUUUCAACCCAAACCAUUCUGUGAUUUUCUGACAUUACAGCAAAGCUGUUUCUUUAUGCUGACAACUGCAGACUUGAAUACUUUAGUCUGUUGUUUCCAGUAUGUUUCCCAUUGUGUUUCCUUUGGCUCUCCUCAGUUACUGAAUAUUUACUGUCCCUGCCUGUCAGUGCCGCAGCCUGUGGCACAUACACUCCGUGUGGGUUUCAGGCUCCUCAGUGCCAGAGGUGCUCCCUGUUCACAUCCCAAAGUAAAAAUGAAACUUGCCUUGUUGCAGCCGUUUUUGCUGAGCUCUGCCUGAUAAAGGUUUCCCUCAGGGUGUUUUUGAAAGGACAGUGUUUCUCCCCAUGUCUGCUACAAAUUCUGCCAGCCACAAGUGGAGCUGAGGCCUUGAGCUCUGUUGCCAAAGGUUCUUACCAAAUUCCGUGGCCUCCAAAGGCGUGUCCUGAGCCAGCGUUUGUGCCAGGCACAGCCAGGGGAGCAGUUCCCUUGUGGGGCUGGAAAAGGAGCCAAGGUGGCAGCGGGCUGUGCCUCCCUGCAUCCCUGUGCAGCCUUCCCUGGCUUUCCUGCUCCCUCUCACUCCCUCCUGCCUGCUUCCCACACCGCUGUCCUGGGCAGGCUCCCUUCCCAGCCAGGAAUGUUCGUGCCCUCAGCAGCACAUGUGGAACCACCGUGCCCUCGGGCAGAGCUGGGUGGCUUCCUGCACCUGACAAACACAUUUCUCUCAAGAUCCUUCUGCAAAGCCUUACCCACAGCCCGUCCUGGAGCCCCGUUCCUGCUGGGAAGCGAGGCUGGAGCUCGGAUGCUCCGUGUGAACCGGCACCAGCCACGAGCACGCGGCGUUCCUGAAUGGAAGAAGCCUUGACCCAGGGAAGGCAACACGCCAAGGGCUGGCUGUUGAGUGGCAGAAGGACAGUUCAGCUCCCCAUUUGUGUGCCUUUAGUCCAGAGGAUGAGAACUUCCCUGGAUGAGAGCAGUGGGGAAAGGGCUCAGAACGGCGCAGCUCCGGAAGGGCCCGAGGCUGCAGGUGUGAGCUGGGUUUUGGCAGGGGACACCUCGGGUAAGGGCUGGGGCUGCUUUGCUCUGGGGCAGGGACUUACUGGAGAUCUAUGACGUUUCAGUGAUAAUAAAAGUUUGUGUGAGGCUUUUGUGUGUCCAUUGCUGUGCAGGCUGGGGACAGCAGACACUGUCCUCCAGCUUGAGCCACCCCUUUUGCAGGCACUCAGAGACGUGCUGGGUGCUGGGGCUGCAUGGCUGUCCCCAGGCUCUGCUCCUGGGGACCUGUGGCAGCCCUCAGUGGCUCCAUCAGUGGUUGAAUUCAGGCCAGAAAAAGCACACAGCAGAGAAUUCCAGAAGCAUCUUCCUGCAGAGCGACUUGGUGGCACGGGGACAGGUGCCAGCUCCCCAGGGGGACAGCAGGACACUGCCUUCUGCCACCUGCCAGCCCCGUGUGGGACGGGCAUGGCCGGGAGUGCUGCGAGGUGUGGGCAGCCCCUGCUGGGCUCCCGGGGUGCUGGGCACAGGGGAACAGCCCCUCCUCACCUCCCCACUGCCUGCCCUGGCCUGGGAGGCACCAGAAAACCCCUCCCAGAAGAGCCAGAGCUGGUUCUGCUGCAGCACU